UCGACAUAAAACUAUUCACAUUAAUCGCCGUGAAAGUUUGUAUCAAUCUCGAAGUAGAAAGAAACGAGAUGUCGGGAAUAGCAUCCCAACGUGUCCUUUUCUUCUUCGCGUGUGUAUUAAUGUAUUCAGUGACAAAUGCAGCCUCCGUGGAAAGACGUGAUUUGGAACCGAAUAAUUGGAAAUACCACAGCUAUGGGGAUAUGACUGAAUUGUUAAAGCAAAUUGCUUCAAAAUACCCGAAAAUAACUCGCCUUUACAACGUCGGAGAGUCGGUGCAGGGACGCAAACUCUGGGUUAUGGAAAUAUCUAACAAACCGGGAAAACAUCAAGUCGGCGUUCCCGAAUUUAAAUAUAUUGCGAACAUGCACGGUAAUGAAGCUGUUGGAAGGGAAGUUCUGUUGAAGUUGAUCAAGGAGUUCUGUGAAGGAUAUAAUACAGAUGCUGAGAUAACGAGAUUGAUAAAAACAACACGAAUUCAUUUGAUGCCAAGCAUGAAUCCGGACGGUUUUGAAUUGGCAUUUAAUUCUGGUUCGGACAGCAAGCGUGAUUGGUUGCUCGGUCGUUCCAAUUCCAAUAACGUCGACCUGAACCGUAACUUUCCUGAUCAAUAUUUUGGAUUAACAGCUGGAAGACCUCAGCCCGAGACCGCAGCGGUCAUGAAAUGGAUUCAGUCGUAUCCCUUCGUCCUGAGUGCCAACCUGCAUGGCGGUUCAUUAGUGGCGAAUUAUCCAUACGAUGACUCAAAGAACGGCGAAAGUACGUACAGCGAGUCUCCCGAUGAUGAUGUAUUCCAAGCACUGGCCAAGACUUUCUCUGAGAAUCACGCGACGAUGCAUCUGAAAAAUCCGCCUUGGCCCUGUCCCGAGGUUCCUCCCGAUCAUUUUCGUGAUGGCAUCACAAAUGGCGCUAAAUGGUACAGCGUUUCAGGAGGAAUGCAAGAUUACAACUAUGUCAGAAGCAAUUGUUUUGAAAUUACGAUUGAGCAAGGUUGUAAGAAGUUCCCACCAGCCGCUGACUUGCCAAAAUAUUGGCUGGAAAAUAAAAAUUCCCUGCUUGCUUUUCUUGAUCAGGUUCACAAAGGGGUGAAAGGUAUUGUCAAAGAUGAAUCAGGAAAACCAAUUAAAGGCGCGACUAUUUCUGUGAAGAACAAACAUAAGAAUAUGAAAACAGCUGCAGAUGGUGAUUACUGGCGACUAUUGUUACCUGGGGAUUACGAUGUGACCGCGUCAUUACACGGCUAUAUAAGUUCCACCAAGAGAGCUAAAGUUGAAGACGCACCAGCCACUAUCAUCAACUUUGUUUUAAAGAAAGCUAAUACCAAGUUACCAGCUUCUCAAUAUGACCAAAUGGCGCAUGCAGGAGAAAAACCUGGAACUGGUGUGAUCCCAGGUCCAUUGUUCCGUGCUGGCUUUCCGGGAAAUAAUCCCCGACCAUCAGGUGUGAUGGCUGGAAGUUUACCUGGUGGGGGUCAGGGGACGAAUGGAAUUAUGAAUCAAGCUGGAGGAGGUAAUAUGGGCUUGGGGGACUACGGUAACCUGGCAACAGCAGGAGCAGGCGACGGUGCUUUUCCCGAACAAACAUUGCAAGACGGUCCAACAGGGAUGUCAGAUGAAAUGUCCAACCCAGUAGGACACUUGGAAAAUGGCCUGGAUGCCUUACCAAAUGUCGGUGUAUUUCCAAAUGCGAGGGUUGAAGAUGGAGCCAUCUCGAACUAUCAAAGCGAAAAUACACUUCCAAAACUGAACAGUAUGACAGGAAUCGAUGCAAUGAGUCCAAAUGCUGUCGAGAGAUUCGCAACCACUACAAAUGAAGCAAGUCCUGCGGCCCAGGGUAAUAACCUUGAUACUAUUGCAAUGACAUCUCCGUACGAAUCGAACGCAAGGGAUUAUCUGGAUGGACAAUACUCGGCGAGAAAUACACAGUUUGGAAAGCGUUAACGCUAGUUUUAACGGGCAACGGAUCCUUCCAUCAUGAAGUUGUUGUUCUAAAAGAGCCGACAUCAAACUUGAACCUCUAAAUUUGCAACUAGAAGACCGUCCCUUUUUUACCGAUAUACAGAUAAUAAUUGCUGUCUGUACACGAACUAGUUACAACCCAUGCAUGCAUGCAUGAAGGGUCUAUUGACAUUAAUGACCUAGAAAUGGACGAGGUGUUCUACAACAAUUCGAUUACGGCUAAGCCAAGCUAGAACUUUGAUUGCUCGCAUGUGCAUCAUAUCAGUAUAUUUAAUAGAAAAUAGUAUAAGUGGAAAUAACCUACCAAUUACCAACCGAACCUACAAAUUACAGUAACCCUGUACCGAUCGGAACACGCUUUCUAAUUAGCUGGUAAUCAGUAACGGGCAUUGUUAUACAUGUAUUACACACUGAGAGACUGACAGUGCUAGUUAAUCGAGGCAUGACAAUUAAGGCAUUGUUAUACAUGUAUUAUACACAUUGUUAUACAUGCAACCACGGAUGGAACCUAUCAGACAUGGCCUUUCGAUUGGUACGGGCUAGCUCCAAAUCAUAUGAAGAUUUUUCACAAGUCGUAGGGCAUUGAAAAAAAAUAUUAAUUGUAGAACAAAUGAUUAAUUAUUAAGAUUUUGUGUUGUAAGAUUGGC